CAUCUAUACCAUCAUGGCCGCCCGUACCGGUAAAAUUGACAACAACGACCAAUAUUUUCUAUCAUAUUGAUGCUUUCUUUAAUUUGGGCGAUAAAUAGCAUUUGAAGCUGGACGGAUACAUUGGCAUUGUCGAGAUAGGACACAAAACAGCUGGCUAAAACCUAACGUUUUACCAACAGGUCAAGCAUGAAAACUAUAUUGAUGGUAGCAGAGAAGCCUUCAUUGGCACAGUCCAUUGCCAAAAUAUUGUCAAAAGGAUCCUGCUCCAGUCGCAAAGGACUCAACGGAGCAUGCUCAGUGCAUGAGUACGUUGGCAGCUUCCAGGGUCAAAGUGCACGAUUCAAGAUGACCUCCGUGUGUGGACACGUCAUGAGCCUGGACUUCAUAGGGAAGUACAACAACUGGGACAAGGUGGACCCUGCUGAGCUCUUCAGUACGGCUCCCACGGAGAAGAAGGAGGCCAACCCCAAACUCAACAUGGUCAAGUUCCUGCAGGUGGAAGCUAAAGGUUGUGACUGUGUGGUUCUGUGGCUGGACUGCGACAAAGAGGGAGAGAACAUCUGUUUUGAGGUCCUGGAUGCCAUCCAGCCCGUGAUGAACAGGUCCUACAACUCGGAGCAGAGCGUCUUCCGUGCCAAGUUCAGCUCCAUCACCGACACAGACAUCUUUAGCGCCAUGAGCCGGUUGGGUGAGCCCAACCGCAACGAGGCGCUGUCUGUGGACGCUCGGCAGGAGCUGGACCUGCGCAUCGGCUGUGCCUUCACACGGUUCCAGACCAAGUACUUCCAGGGUAAAUAUGGGAAUCUGGACUCGUCGCUCAUCUCGUUCGGGCCCUGCCAGACCCCCACACUGGGCUUCUGUGUGGAGCGCCACGACAAGAUCCAGUCCUUCAAACCAGAAACCUACUGGGUCCUCCAGCCCAAGGUGUUCAAGGGGAAGGACAGCCCCUUGACUCUGGACUGGGACAGAGGGAGGGUCUUCGACAGGGACGUGGGGCAGAUGUUUGUCAACUUAGUCAAGACCUCCAGAGAAGCCAAGGUGGAGUCUGUGAGCAAGAAGGAGAAGGCCAAGCCUCGGCCCCAGGCCCUGAACACGGUGGAGAUGCUGCGCGUGGCCAGCUCCUCUCUGGGGAUGGGUCCCCAGCACACCAUGCAGAUAGCGGAGCGCCUGUACACUCAGGGCUACAUCAGCUACCCCCGCACAGAGACCACGCAGUACCAUGACAACUUUGACCUGAAGGGGGCGCUGAAGCAGCAGGCCAGCCACCCCUACUGGGCUCAGGAGGUGAAGGCCCUGCUGUCGGAGGGUCUGAACCGGCCCAGGAAGGGGUCAGACGCGGGCGACCACCCCCCCAUCACCCCCAUGAGGGCAGCCUCAGAGAGCGAGCUGGGAAGUGAUGGCUGGCGCCUGUUUGAGUACAUCACCCGACACUUCAUCGCCACCAUCAGCCAGGACUGCAAGUAUCUCCAGACCACCAUCACCUUCACCAUCGCCUCCGAGAUCUUCUCCUGCAGCGGAAAGACGCUCAUCUCAGCCGGGUUCACGGAGGUGAUGCCGUGGCAGGGCAUCCCCCUGGAGGAGGCCAUGCCGGUGUGUGAGUGUGGGGACGUGUUCAGCGUGGAGGACAUCAGGCUGGUGGAGAAGCAGACCAGCCCUCCAGACUACCUGACUGAGUCUGAGCUCAUCACCCUCAUGGAGAAACAUGGCAUCGGCACCGACGCCAGCAUCCCUGUCCACAUCAACAACGUGUGUCAGAGGAACUAUGUGACGGUGGAGAACGGACGCAAGCUCAAACCCACCAACCUCGGCAUCGUGCUGGUGCACGGCUACUACAAGACAGAUGCAGAGCUGGUCCUCCCUACCAUCCGCAGUGCUGUGGAGAAGCAGCUGACCCUGAUAGCGCAGGGCCAGGCCAACUUCCAGCAGGUCCUGCAGCACACGCUGGACAUCUUCAAGAGGAAGUUCCACUACUUUGUUGACUCCAUCCCCAGUAUGGACGAGCUGAUGGAGGUCUCCUUCUCUCCCAUCGCUGCCAGCGGGAAGCCCCUGUCCCGCUGUGGCAAGUGCCACCGCUUCAUGAAGUACAUCCAGGCCAGGCCCAGCAGGCUCCACUGCUCCCACUGUGAUGAGACGUACAGCCUGCCUCAGAACGGAGCCAUCAAGCUGUACAAGGAGCUGCGCUGCCCUCUGGACGACUUUGAGCUGGUGCUGUGGACCUCCGGCUCCCGGGGGAAGAGCUACCCCCUCUGCCCCUACUGCUUCAGCAACCCCCCCUUCAGAGACAUGAAGAAAGGUAUGGGGUGUAAUGAGUGCACCCACCCGUCCUGCCAGCACUCCCUGGGCUCUCUGGGCAUCUCUCAGUGUGUGGAGUGUGAGGGGGGGGUGCUGGUGCUGGACCCCACCUCAGCACCCAAGUGGAGGAUGGCCUGUAACAGGUGUAACGUGCUGGUGCACUUCUUUGAGCAUGCUCACAGGGUGCAGGUGGCGCAGGAGAGCUGUGAGGCCUGUGACGCCUCCCUGGUGGCGGUGGACUUCAACAAGACGCGCUCCCCGCUGCCGGCAGGAGAGACGCAGCACAGCGGCUGUGUGUUCUGUGACCCGGUGUUCCAGGACCUGGUGGAGCUGAAGCACGCCACCAUGAGACACCCCAUGCACCGGGGGGGGGGGCGCCAGGCGGGGGGGCCGGGGCAGGGGCAGGGGGCGCAGGGGCAACCCCAAGAAACCCAGAGACAAGAUGGCCGCCCUAGCCGCUUACUUUGUGUAGAGGUCUACAGUGUUGAACCAGCUGUAGUAUGAUUUCAUCAUGUGGAAUUAAAUGUCUUUUUUUCUUGUUUAAUCUAAGUGUUUCAUUUGUUUCCCAUUUUUAGCCCUUUGAGACCCCUGGAUG